AUGCAUAUCGCCAAUCUUCCCUAUUUAUCCCUACUCUUUUCGUUCGCUCUGCUUUAUCUUCCAUUCAACGUUGCAUUACGAGCCCAACGUGCUAAUCGAAAAUCUCUAGCACAUCUCAAGGAGGUACUCAAUGAGGAUGCUGCUAGAUUGGUCAACGCUCGACAAAGCGAUGCUGUGGAUCUUUUUGGAGAUAUCAAAAGAAAUCCUAAUGCAAAAACAAAUAAGGACGAGUUGUCUGUGAAUAAUCCAGAGGAUUACUUUCAAGGGGAUGUCGAUCUCUCAGAACAACAGGUUCAACAAAUUGAAAAGUCAUUCACAGAAGGGCAUAGGGAAAAGCGCAAGAUCGGCCGUACACCGCUUUACACGCUUUGGGAUCGUAAGAAUGCAAUAAGUUUUGACUUCACUGAAACGGUUCCACGUAGAACUCGUGAAAAGAUCCGAGAGGCUAUGAACCUUUGGCAAUAUCAUACAUGUGUUCGAUUCGAUGAAGGUGGCCCAAGUGUAGAUCGUUUGGAAUUCUUCGAUGGAGGCGGAUGUUCCUCAUUCGUUGGACGUGUAGGAGGAACUCAGGGUAUUUCUAUCGCUACACCUGGUUGUGACGUGGUCGGAAUCAUCAGCCAUGAAAUUGGGCACGCUCUGGGAAUAUUCCACGAACAAGCUCGUCCAGAUCAGGACAGGCAUAUAGCCAUCAACUACAACAACAUACCUAUUAGUCGAUGGAAUAACUUUCAAUCCAUAGGACCGAAUCAAGCAGAGACUUUCGGUCUCCCCUAUGAUACAGACCCGUACACCCCGACUAUUCGAACUCUCGAACGUGGCCAGCAGUCCACAAUCGGCCAACGCAUUGGACCAUCAUUUCUGGAUUAUCAGGCUAUCAACGCUGCCUAUGGUUGUAUCGAUCAUUGCCAGCCUAUAAAUUGUUUCCACAAUGGAUAUCCACAUCCGAAUAACUGCUCCACUUGUGCAUGCCCAGAUGGAUUGAGUGGGCAGUACUGUGAGUCUGUUCGCCCAUCGGUUGGCCCUUGUGGGGGCACAAUCAAGGUCACUACCAUGGCACAGUACAUUACUAGUCCGAAUUACCCACAUCCUCAUCCUCAAGGAACAGAAUGCUUCUGGAUUCUUCGAGCGGCACCAGGUGGGCGAGUUUUCUUGGAGUUUAUGGACCAUUUUGAAUUCUAUUGCGAGGAUACAUGUGACAAGAACUAUGUUGAAGUCAAGUAUCACAACGAUAAGCGCUUAACCGGUUCAAGCCAAAUUUCGCUGUCUCAUUGCCAGAAAUCACCUACUGGUAAAUACUUACAGACUACAACGUCGUUACCUAAAUCGAUUCAAACAUUCACGGACUUGCCAGAAAUGAAAUCUACGAAGGAUGUAUUCCCGUUACCGGUACUAACAACUAGUCCAACGACAACAGAGAGUAUCAUCACUACAACCAAGAAAGCCGCUACUAAACCGUCCAUUGUAAAAACCAUAGGACCGAAAUGGGAGCGACUUCGGACAACUACUCCUUCCCCGACAACGGCCACACCUGUGCCGAUUUUCACUUUGUUUCCUGCUACUAAGCAACUAUCAAUCACUGAUGCCCCAGUUACUCGUACACCAUUACCUGAAACUACAGAAACGCCACCAAGUAGUGGACCCGGAGGAUGCAACUGUGGCGAUUGGUCUGAAUGGGUAGGGGAGUGCUCUCAACAAUGUGGAGGAUGUGGACAUCGUGUCAGAACGAGGCAAUGCCAAAAGAAGGAUUGUCGGAAUGAGGACAAACGAGCAUGUAACUUUGGUGUUUGUCCUACAGGCACCAACUUCCUCAUCAAUAACGGAGAGUUUCACAUUCUAUGGCGUGGUUGCUGUGUUGGCCUAUUCAGAUCUGGUAAUGAAUGCACCGCCUUGGAAACCGAGCAAAAUCCAUUUUUAAAGAUAAUCAGUUCUUUGCUCAAUAUACAAGAUGCUAAGAACAACAGCACCGAGGGUCCGGUCAAGAUUCGGCGAGGAGAGCACUAA